CCAAUCUGGGACCAAGACGGAGGAAAGAAGGCUGUACAUUUUCUCGAUUUGUCUUUGGCGAAGCAGGGGAAGGAGGAGGCCAAAAUAUCAUCGCCGUAAUGUAUUUAACAAUCACCCGCGACCUUCCGGAAGACAUCCUUCCUGGCCAUCUUGCAACCACAGACCAUCCUCGUCGUCAACGAAUCAGCCAAUCCGCCAUACCUCCUCGCCAUGCAGCUGUCACUUCUCAUCGCUGCGCUGUCUGCGCAGGCAGUCCUUGCUGCACCUCGAAUCAAGAGAGACGCUCUCAAAUCAUGUGUGGAGGAGGUCUUUGGAGGGAAUGCGGCUCUGCGUAUCGUGACACCGACUGAUCCCACAUACCACGAUGCGAGAAUCGGAGAGGCAAUCCAGUUUACACAGAUGCCUGUGUUGAUUGCUUAUGCAGAGAAGCCGUAUGAAGUUGCCCCCUUGAUACAAUGCGCAAAGACAAAUGGUAUCAAAGCAGUCCCCAGAACCGGCGGUCACCACUUCCUCGGAUACUCCGCCCUCCAAGAUGCCCUCGUCAUCGACAUCACCCACAUCGACUACGUCAACAUCGCCGCAGACAAGAAGACCGCCACCGUCGGCGCCGGCAUCCGAUUUGGCGCCCUAUACACGGCUCUCGGACAGCAAGGCCUCGACUGGACAGGCGGCAUCUGCCCCACCGUCGGCAUCUCGGGAUUCCUCUCCGCAGGCGGCUUCAACAUGCAGAUGCGCCAAAACGGCCUCGGCGUCGACAACGUCGAGUCUGCCAAAGUAGUCACGUCAGACGGCUGCGUCGUAACGGCCUCUCGCGAAGAGAACUCGGACCUAUUCUUCGCCAUCCGCGGCGGCGGCGGCGGAUCCUACGGCAUCGUGAUCGAGUGGACGCUGCGCAUGUACGAGUUCCCCCGCUCCGCCAUGGUGUACCUGCAAUGGAACGGCUCCGACACGAGGUUCGACAUUGCAAAGACGUUCCACGAGUGGGCACCUCGCGCGGACAGCGCCCUCAGCUCGCAGGUGAACUUAUACAAGAACCGGACUGACGUGAUUGGGUGGUGCUACGGCUGCACCCUCGACAAGCUGCAGGGCAUGGUGAACGCCUCCGGGCUCCUGGACAUUGGCAAGCCGGCGGCGUAUAUCUCGGGCGGGUGCAACACCAUCAACGCCCGGCUCUUUGGCUAUGGCGUUAAUGAAUGUGGCGCGGAUGAGGCCGUCGCGCAAGUCGCGCCGUUUGUCGUCAACACGAUCCAGCAGCCGUUUGUCCAGAUUCCCGGGUUUGCAAACUUCACCUACAACGAGACGACCAAGGCGCCAGAACUACCUCCCGCGCAAUCCUGGGCGCGCUUCAUCCGCCUAUCAAAAUCCUUCAUGGUACAGAAGGACAAGCUGCUCGCGGAUGAUACGAUGAGGAACGCCAUUGCGCGCAUUGAUGAGCUUGACGACGCGGCGCAGGGCUGGAUUGAGUGGCAUGCAUGGAACAUUUCGGUCGCGGGUGAUGCGGCGUUUGCGUGGCGCGAGCAGGCGUAUUCGCACAUGGAGUUCAUUGUGUCCAGUUCCGCGGACGAGAAGGUCCAUGCUGGCUAUGUGAAGUGGUUCAAGGAUCUGGAGGAUUAUCUUCGUCCACUGGUUGGAAUGGCAAGCUACUCGGGCUACAUGGACGAUACGAUCUCCACCCCUCCGCUCGAUUCGUACUAUGGCGCCAACGUCGCAAAGCUGUCCCAAAUCAAGUCCAAGUACGAUCCUCAGGGCUUCUUCACCAACCCUCUGAGCAUCAAAGCUCUAUACUCAAACCAAACAGUGACUGGCGACAGCUGUCUGUAGAUAAAGGUAAAGACAGAGCACGGUGCAAGGUUGCCGAAGAACCGUAUGACAGUGACGUCAGAACAUAGCGUGCUUGAUGAACAAGCUGUAAUGCAGCUGUAGAGCGAGAAGAUCCCGUCGAUGGAAAUGUAAUUAAGCUGAAAUAUCCUCCCUUCACCCGC